GUCGGAGGACACUCUGCUGUUCGACCGGGUAUCUCAGGUCAGCUAUCUUUCGGAUGCCCUUCUAGAUGAGGGCUACGACACAGCCAGACGAUCCAGAGGGCGCGACCAACAACUGCUCCGGGAGGCCACCAAUGCCAUCCCAAGAUCAUCAAGCCGGGACACAUCCUCUUCCACAUCGCCUGCGAGGCCAGCUCCUACAAUCUCGUCCAGGCGCUUUGGCCGCUCAAAUCUGCCCAGAGCAAGCGAGUGAGCUUUGAGGAUGACUCCAGCCCCACUGGCAGGACAACUGCUCUCUCUACUUCGGAUGUAAUGGCUAGCCCUCCUCCUCGACCUUCUGUCAUACGGCAUCGCUUUGGUGCUCGUGCACCUGUCCUUCAGUCUUUUCUGGACGAUGAGCCCAGUCUGUCCAGAACCCUGGAGCACUCAGACUUCCCUUAUAGAGGUCAGCGGCACACCUCACCACCUUCCAAGAUCUUAGCAGGCUACAGACCCUCCUCCCCCUUACGACAUACCUUAGCUCCUGCACCUGUCAGCACGCUGAAAGAAAGCAAAUACCUUGGACGUCCACGAGCAUCUCUGCAUCCCCGUCCGUCGCCAUACGCUUCGACUGACUUAAAUUUCGACAAAUCAGAGCUGCCCCGUUACGACCUCGUGUACGUAGAUCACGAGCCGGGGGCUAAACCAUUUCGCCGACGUCCGAGGGUGUUGGGAUCCUCGCGACGCCCAGCUGGGAAUUACUAUGAGCGUCUUCUGCGCAAGCGUGGCAAACGUCGAGGAAAAUUCGGACCUUACUACGAUGUGGAAUCAAUCGAAGGCAGCGAUCUCACUGACGUCCUGAGCGACACAGGCUCCCUGUCUGACUUGGAUGCUUCGUAUGGUACGUAUGACAGUAGUGUUACCCCAUCCUACACUUUUCAAGACUACCCUCUUUCGUCGUCCCCAUCUUCCGCAUACUACGUUGACCAGGAUACGGAAUACGUUCCCUAUGGACCCUCUCGCCAUCUUGAGACCACUGGACUUUUAGAAGUGUCGUCAUACAAUGGCAAUGAUGACGAGAAUGAAGAGUGUUCCGACACGGCGUCUCUCCCUUCUCCGAUGAACGACCUUUCAUUGUCCACGUAUCUGCCCAACAGUGUUGUUUCGUCUGCCCUCUCCCGAUCACCUUACCGUGCGGUUGUCCCCUACACCUCGUCUUUUUUAGAUAACUGUCUCGACGUGAUGCCAUCAUCGUCCCCGAGCCAAAAGCUGCUCGAUUCUCUUGUGCAAACGGCUGUGGCACGCGCUCGGUCGGCCGUCGACGCCUUAGCUUUGCCUGAUUACCACGGCGCUAGCCUUGUGCUCAGCGUGGAAGGAGCGGGAAAGAUGGCUGAUGGGAAGAUUGUAGAUUUUACCUACACACCGCCACCCAUACCGCUUUUUGGCAGAGCACCCAGGCUUGACGACCGGAUCAUGGGACUGUCGCUUAAGCGCAAGGAUGUGCUACGACCUGUUGAUGACUUCCUUGCUGGCUACGUCAAGCGCAUGGAGUCGCUUCGUUCUCAACUCUACGGAAGGCAGGACAACGAUAAGGAUAAGGAUAAGCACCCGCGCUAUGGCCUGACUGCUGCUGAGACCCCUUCUCGCCAGUACUCGACUCCUUCUUACUCGACCUACAAGCCUUACACAUCUUCACACACCUACGUCCCCGUCAGGCAUCUGAGCUCGCAACGAACAGAGCACGUGCCCGUGACGAGCUAUCGCAGGGACCUGGAUGAUGGGCGCUCCCAUCGUAUGGAUGUUUUCCCCCUCAGCGUGAUUAAACCGCGCAUUGCGGAAUCGACUCCCAAAGCCAUCACGCUGCCAGGAGCUGUUACAAAGGACGGCUCACCGGUCCAACUGUCUGUACUCGAUAGGAUUAACAUCAAGGCUGCGAUUAUUGCCAGCAAGCUGGAGCCCGAUCCAAUCAAACGCAGGCGACCUCGCUCUCAGUUCGCCGCUGACAAGCUCCGGAACAUGCGCAAGGAGGCUCAGGAGAGUGUCUACACUGGAACUGCUUCUGCCGGGAUGACAGCAUCCACCCCACCUCUGCCAAGAUUGACGGAGAGGAAAGCUAUACGCACUGAGGAAGGCUUCUCCAAACCCAAGAAUAUUCUAUCUUGGCAGUAUCGGGUGGAGUCCCGAAUACCUCCCAACGACCUGCUGUACCAGCCCUCCUCCUUCAUUCGCAUUCGCGAGCAAGUGCGUAACGCUCAAGAAAGGAUGGACCGACAUCGCCAGCUUCUAGACAGAUACCUCCCUGAUAGCGAAGAUACCGGCGACAUUGCUGCCAAAGUUUUGCGCAAGACGAGCGAAUUGGAGAAACGGAACGCUUCUUACAGAGCCGGAGGAGGCGCUGACUCCACUACAGCCACGGUAAAAAAUCCUGCCUUGUACGCAACUGGUGUAGAGCAACGCACUUCCCCGGUGUCGGAGCUGAGGAGACGUAUCAGGAAGACACUCAACAAGAGCCGAAUGUCUUACAGCUAGACCGCCAUGACACCGGGCGGCCGCCUGCUCCACUGGGAGGCGCAAGUAGGCGUCAGGAGACUGAAGCUGCUGAGGCCGAAUAGCGAGGUGAAUAUGGAUCUGAGGACUCCGACUUUUCUGUGAAGCCUCGGUCAUCUCUGUCACUUCUGCAGAGCUUAUCUAUAAAAAAAUCUCUUACUUGGUUAUAAAUAUUGACAUUUCUGCCCCUCUCUGCAUAACUUCACGAUGAGCUAUAGUUUAAUGUUCAUGCUCGUAAUUUAAAAUAAGCUUAGACGUGCAAUUGUGAAAAUUUACAUUCACCGUGCCGUUGCAAACAGGAGUGAUCUUCUAAAAUAAUUACAUGUAUGCGUUCAUAGCACUCUGAAAAAUAAUUUAUCGCAAGGUGCGUAAACAAAUCAAAAUGACAACUAGUAUGUCUAUAUAACGGUAAUAUAUAUGAUGUAUAAAACUGAUUAUAUUACACAAAACUUGCCAUUAAGGGGGCUUCCAACCGAUGUACAAUAUAUUCUACUUUCAUUUUGUAUUUCAUAAAUAUCGCCUCUAUUGUUCACGUGUUAGUGGCAGUGUCGCAUAAAAAGUUUUUAAGGAAAACGCCACUUUUGCCUCAUUAAUUGGCCUGCAACUUAGAUAGCUAUUGCUACAUUUCCAAGGUAACUUUAUUGUUUCACGGCCUGACUUUAUCAUUGGUGUGAUACUUGCAGUUUCGACUUGUAAAGAGACUUUUCUUGUACAGUUUUGUGCUUCAUGAUACAAAAUUGGUUAUGUUGUUUACGUUGGCUUUGGUGGAAAAGUGCAAUAAUAUUGCGGAUCUAUUGAGAAAAUGCAUUACUACUUCACAGCUUUCUGUAUGGAGCUGUUGAACAAUAACUGUAUUUCCGCAUUACAGUUUUUUUUUUUUUAAAUAAGAAAAGAAAUUUGCUUGUGAAGAAACUGUAUGCCUUCGUUGCUUUUUCUUAAUCGGCGAUCGCUUUGAAAGAAAACACAUCGGUUUGUUUCGCGAGAAUAAAAACUAGGUAUGAACAGGAAUCUUUCUGUGAAGGCCUUACUGCUUUUUCUUUUAAAGUCACAUUUAUGAUGAUUGAACAACAUCAUGUUUCUAAGCUAGUCUGAAGCGCCGCCGUGCAGUUUUGACAAAAGAUGAUUCAACAGAUUGCGAAUAAAUAUUUAUGUGUGUAAAUCAAAACCGAGUGAAAUAUUGAACAUUUGACCCUAUGAGUCAGUCACACGUGUGCAGUUAACAAGUAAUAUCCACGAUUGCCUCCCAAAUAUAAAAUUGCCUUUUCAUGGACCUCUCCUUAAAGGUAAUGUAAGUAGUUUCUUCGUACUGCCAUGUGAGCAAUAAGUCCACUCACUUACAUGAGAACAAUGCGAAUGUGUGUAUUUAGAUUUUCGGUCCUUUUUGGCAGAUUGAAUGUCAAUUCACGGUAUGGCGUUAAAUAAAUUUCUGUCUUUGA